AUGAGCGCGACUGCGACCGCGCAACCGGAGACCGAUGGCUCUCCCUCUCCAAAGACUGCCAGCCUUGCCACCACCAUGGACCCCCGCGAAGGACGCAUAGGAAACGCCUUUGCCUGUGAAAGAUGUCGCAAGCACAAGGUCCGAUGCGUGCCGUCCGACACGCCCACCAUCUGCCAGAGGUGCCAGAAGGCUAGAGUCGAGUGUGUCGAGCAUGUAGCCCGCCGCCGACCCGCAAAGGCGCGCAGCGAUGGCCAGACGCCCAGCAAGCUGCGCGACUUUGACAAGAAGCUCGACAAGCUGUCGGCCAUUGUUGCGACCAUGGCGCCCUCGCCCGCCCAGGCCAGCCUCCCCUCGGUAGCCACCAUUCCCUCGCAGAUUGCCCCUCUUGAGACGGCCCAGCAGCAGCAGCAGCAGCAACAGCAACAGCCGCUUCCCACGGCAAAACAAACGCCCGCCCAAACCGUCUCGCUGCCCGUCGCGCCCACAACGACGACGACGACGACGACGACGACGACGACGACCCUGUUGCCCGCCGCCGGAUCCCAGGCCGAGAGCUCGCUGCCCUUCUGGGAGUCCUUCAACGACACCCUCUCCUGUCUCGGACGCCUCGAUCCCCUCGUGCGCUCCAUCAGCCUCGUCCACAUGCAGCUGCUGCUCGACACGUACCGCGGCAUGGUGGACUUUUUUCCCUUUGUCAUCCUGCCCCGCGACUGCCGCUCCCAGGACCUCUUCCAGAACCGCCCCAUACUCAUGUUUGCCAUACUAACCGUCUCGUCGUACGACUCGGCACAGCUGCAGCAUGCGCUCAGCAACGAGUUCCGCAAGGUAGUCAUGGUCAAGAUCAUGAAGGGCGAAAAGAACCUGGACCUGCUCCAGGGCCUCUUGGUCUUCAUCGCCUGGCACCACCACUACAUGGACGCCCAGGCCGUGUCAGUGACGUUACUGCUCCAGUUGUCGUUGGGCAUAGCAAAUGACCUGAGUCUCGACAGCAUAUCAAGGCCCUCAAGAAGCCCGCUGCACAAGGACGAUCCGCGAGACAGGGAAGCAAAACGUGCCUACUUGGGCUGUUACUACCUCUCUUCCAACAUAGCCUUGAUGCAGCCUCUCAAGGCGCGCUCCAUGUCGCACACGGGCAUAUUGCGAAACUACGCCUCAGAACUAGCCUCGGCCUGGGAAAAUAAGACUGACACGCUUCUCCCCAUUUUUAUGGACAUGUGCCAGUACAUGGAAGACGUGGAAGAGACGUUUCGGAGUCAGUCGGAGCAAGCUAUCGUUGUCCGAACCCAAGUCAAUCGUCUAAGUGAAAAGUGGGACAACAUCCGCCUCGCUUCCAAGCCACAGGCCAACGAUUUUGCCACACUACAAUGGCUACAGCUCGCGGCCCGCAUCCACCUAUAUCGAACCGCCGCUUCCGUCGAGCUCGUAGAUCGAGACAGCACCCCCUGGGCCUCGGGCUUCCAACUGUCACUGCGCAUUGCCUAUCUGCGCUCGAUAGAACAGCUACUCGACAACAGCACAAAACUACCCUCUAACCAGUUUGAAGCCAUCUCGCUGAUUGACUGGCUGAACCUCAUCAACACCAUUACUGGUUUGAGCAAGCUAGCGCUCCAUGCACCACCCAUUCCUGGCUGGGACCCUACCGAGCUGCAAAUCUCCAGAACAUUUGACCACUAUCGCGACCAGCUAUCCUCGCAAAUGCCACGGCCACGCGAUGCUCAACCCACCCGAGAAGAUGCUUUUGAGCGAUUCCGCCGCAUCACCUCGACCAUGAGGCUGACCCUGCAUGACGCACAUGGUCGGGCGAGUCCAAACGGCACCACAUUUGAGCUCUCGACAGGAUCAGGACGCACAGUAUCACUGCUGCACAACCUGGCCUUGCCAAAGAUUAAUGGUGGUGUCACAAAUGGGGGUGAAAAGUUGCCCAGUCUUCGCGACGUGAAUCCAGCCUUGGACGUCACCAGCAACGACUUUCACUGGAAAUUCCUGUUGGGUACUGUCUAAUCUGUCUGGCCAUAUCGAUUGGACUGUACAUGUCAACGACAGAUUUUCUGCCCAACACUUGACCAGCGUGUUUGCGC